AUAUAUUCUCCGCGGUGUUGGGCCUCUCUCUCUCCGUCUCCGGUAAUAUCUCUGUGUGGCUGUCUGACGCAGUUCAGACAUUUUGGGUAGAUUAUUCAACCACACCGGGCCGAAGACUAACAAGAAACUGAACAAAAGACGUUUUUUACAACAACAACAACAAACAUCGUUCAAUAUGGGUCCACCAGGAGACAACCCACGUCGCGUGUCCUCUGAAAGAACGGAGGAUUUCAGUUGGUUUGUCCAUUUAUCUUGACAUGGCAUGCAAAGGGUUAGUUUUGGUGGCUGUGACGACUGAAGAGAAAACGCAGAUAAAUAGCUAACACCUCCCCACAAAAAUCAGCGUGUGAAAGAUAUUUAUGACUGCGUUUAUUGGUGUCGGGUAAAUAAAAUCAAGUUGGUUCUCUCGACGGGAAUCCUUAACAUCAUGAUGAUAUUGGAAGGAAAUGUUCAUGUAAAAUGACAGGAUACAACAGUUAAAUCUGUUCCGAUAUUAAAUAGCAAACCAGUCGGAAAUGUAAAAUGGUUAGAUGUCUCUCAGCUGGCUGGCUAACCGCACCACAUACAGGCCUCAAUUACUCCAAGUAACAAACAUAUAUGAUGUAGCUAACUAGUUAAUCCACUAACUAGUUAGUGUAUGCAUACUAUAUAACUCAUGUUAUCUAGUCAGCUAAAAAAAAUACUGCCGUCACGAUGAGUAUAGACAAAGGCAAGGCUCCAAGCCAGUUCAAUGGAAGUAAACGAGGCACCAGGCCAGUUCAAUGGCAGUAAACGAGGCGCCAGUUCAAUGGAAGUAAACGAGGCACCAGGCCAGUUCAAUGGCAGUAAACGAGGCGCCAGUUCAAUGGAAGUAAACGAGGCACCAGGCCAGUUCAAUGGCAGUAAACGAGGCCCCGGGCCAGUUCAAUGGAAGUAAACGAGGCACCAGGCCAGUUCAAUGGAAGUAAACGAGGCCCCGGGCCAGUUCAAUGGCAGUAAACAAGGCCCCGGGCCAGUUCAAUGGAAGUAAACGAGGCCCCAGGCCAGUUCAAUAGCAGUAAACGAGGCCCCAGGCCAGUUCAAUAGCAGUAAACAAGGCCCCGGGCCAGUUCAAUGGCAGUAAACAAGGCCCCGGGCCAGUUCAAUGGAAGUAAACGAGGCCCCGGGCCAGUUCAAUGGCAGUAAACAAGGCCCCGGGCCCGUUCAAUAGCAGUAAACAAGGCCCCAGGCCAGUUCAAUGGAAGUAAACGAGGCCCCAGGCCAGUUCAAUAGCAGUAAACGAGGCCCCAGGCCAGUUCAAUAGCAGUAAACAAGGCCCCAGGCCAGUUCAAUGGCAGUAAACAAAGCCCCGGGCCAGUUCAAUGGCAGUAAACAAGGCCCCAGGCCAGUUCAAUGGCAGUAAACAAGGCCCCGGGCCCGUUCAAUAGCAGUAAACGACGCCAAGGCCCCGGAGAUGUCAGGUUAUUUUGGUAAACGUCAAUGUUGUAAACUCAAACCUGGUGCCAACAUCUGGUGUUACUUUCCAUGAUGGUUGUCUGUACCCCCCCAGUCUGCCAGUAUUACGCUCAUAACGCGUCAGUCAUGGACGAAGCUUUGAGUUUGACAAGACGACAGUAUGAAUUGUGUCUGCUAGUUGUGAGUAGUAGCCUUGUAUUUCAGUAGUGAGAAGUAGUGUUGGUAUGUUUCUUGUUGUUGAAAUAGCUAUUCUUUCUGUUAGUAGUUUGUUGUCAUUAACAGGAAGGAGAAAGGUGCACCUAAAUACGAUUUGUUCAUGUUAUCACUAGGCCAAUGACGUGUUGAAUUAAAGUUUAAUUUGGCCUGUAUUCGAAUGUCAUGCUUUUAAUCACAUGGCUUCUUGAAUAACUCAUGAAACAAAUGCAGCGAAAUAUUAAGAACCCCUUCCACCCAUGUACAACUUUCAUAGUUUGAUAUUUCAUGAAUUCCCCCUUCAGUUAGUAGGCAUUUCAAAAGAGAAUAAUUUGAUUUCUCGUUUCUGAAAGGGAUGGUAGCUACAUCUCAAAAGCAAAAUAGACAACUCGAAAGUAUAGGCAAAAUAUUCUGUAAAAGAGAAGACACUAGCAUCAAAAUCUAAUAAUGGGAGACCCAAUCUCGAGAAGAAACCAAACUAGGAAUCGACUCCGUGCUCAGAUUCAGAAGAAAAGGGAAUCUUUGGCUGACCAGUUUGACUUCAAGAUCUACAUAGCCUUUGUUUUCAAAGACAAAAAGAAGAAGUCUGCACUGUUCGAGGUAGCUGAAGUGGUACCAGUGAUGACCAACAACUAUGAAGACAAUAUCCUGAAAGGUGUGCAGGCUUCCAGCUACUCCCUCCAGAGUUCCAUGGAACUUCUGCAGAAAGAUGUCGUGCAGUUGCACGCCCCACGCUACCAAUCAAUGCGCAGGGAUGUCAUAGGAUGCACCCAGGAGAUGGACUUCAUCCUGUGGCCGCGCAACGACAUAGAGAAGAUAGUCUGUCUCUUGUUCUCUAGAUGGAAGGGGGCUGAGAACGAACCCUUCAGGCCUGUUCAGGCCAAGUUUGAGUUUCAUCAUGGAGACUACGAGAAGCAGUUGUUGCAUGCUGUCGGCCGGAGGGACAAGGCUGGAAUGGUUAUGAACAACCCAACUCAGUCGGUCUUCCUCUUUAUGGACCGACAGCUCUUACAGACUCCUAAAACCAUGGCCACAGUUUUUAAGUUGUGCAGCAUUUGCCUGUACCUGCCCCAGGACCAGCUAACGUGCUGGGGCGUUGGCGACAUCGAAGACCAUCUCCUCCCGUACAUGCCUGACUAGGGCCAGCCGGCCUCCAUGGCUUUCACCCACAACACAAGGAAGAUUGACCCACAAGCCACUGAAGCAAGUUGAUGUCUCUCUCUCAUCCACCACACAUCCUUCCUUUUGAAUAGAAUUGAACUGGUGCUUGGAUCUCCAUUUUUGUUGUUAAACACUUGUUCAUUCAUUAAUUUCCGUCCUCCUGAAGCACAUUUGUUUUUCCUUACCAAGCUUCCUCCUCCGAUCAGUUCCGGCUUGGUUUUCCCUUUUAUCCUCCAUCUUGUUUAUUUUGAACCUACACAAACAUUGAUUUUGAGUGGUUGGUUAUUCCCCCCCCAUGGAGCUGCACUGUCAACAGACCAGUCCAGUCACUGAAGGAACUCUUUAUGUUGCUACCAAGCAGGAACAAAAGCCACACAGGCUUUCAUGACGUUCAGUCUCUGCUGGACACAUUGUAACCCAAAGAUUGUAAAAGCUUCUGUCAUUUGAAAGAUGUGUUUUUAAAGAGGAAAAGAUGCCCAGGGGGGUUCUAGAACGACAUCUAUGAUGUGUUUUUAAAGAGGAAAAGAUGCCCAGAGGGGUUCUAGAAUGACAUCUAUGAUGUGUUUUUAAAGAGGAAAAGAUGCCCAGGGGGGUUCUAGAAUGACAUCUAUGAUGUGUUUUUAAAGAGGAAAAGAUGCCCAGAGGGGUUCUAGAAUGACAUCUAUGAUGUGUUUUUAAAGAGGAAAAGAUGCCCAGGGGGGUUCUAGAAUGACAUCUAUGAUGUGUUUUUAAAGAGGAAAAGAUGCCCAGAGGGGUUCUAGAAUGACAUCUAUGAUGUGUUUUUAAAGAGGAAAAGAUGCCCAGGGGGGUUCUAGAACGACAUCUAUGAUGUGUUUUUAAAGAGGAAAAGAUGCCCAGGGGGGUUCUAGAACGACAUCUAUGAUGUGUUUUUAAAGAGGAAAAGAUGCCCAGGGGGGUUCUAGAGCGACAUCUAUGAUGUGUUUUUAAAGAGGAAAAGAUGCCCAGAGGGGUUCUAGAACGACAUCUAUGAUGUUUUUAAAGAGGAAAAGAUGCCCAGAGGGGUUCUAGAAUGACAUCUAUGAUGUGUUUUUAAAGAGGAAAAGAUGCCCAGAGGGGUUCUAGAACGACAUCUAUGAUGUGUUUUUAAAGAGGAAAAGAUGCCCAGGGGGGUUCUAGAACGACAUCUAUGAUGUGUUUUUAAAGAGGAAAAGAUGCCCAGGGGGGUUCUAGAACGACAUCUAUGAUGUGUUUUUAAAGAGGAAAAGAUGCCCAGAGGGGUUCUAGAACGACAUCUAUGAUGUGUUUUUAAAGAGGAAAAGAUGCCCAGAGGGGUUCUAGAAUGACAUCUAUGAUGUGUUUUUAAAGAGGAAAAGAUGCCCAGGGGGGUUCUAGAACGACAUCUAUGAUGUGUUUUUAAAGAGGAAAAGAUGCCCAGGGGGGUUCUAGAACGACAUCUAUGAUGUGUUUUUAAAGAGGAAAAGAUGCCCAGGGGGGUUCUAGAGCGACAUCUAUGAUGUGUUUUUAAAGAGGAAAAGAUGCCCAGAGGGGUUCUAGAACGACAUCUAUGAUGUUUUUAAAGAGGAAAAGAUGCCCAGAGGGGUUCUAGAAUGACAUCUAUGAUGUGUUUUUAAAGAGGAAAAGAUGCCCAGAGGGGUUCUAGAACGACAUCUAUGAUGUGUUUUUAAAGAGGAAAAGAUGCCCAGGGGGGUUCUAGAACGACAUCUAUGAUGUGUUUUUAAAGAGGAAAAGAUGCCCAGGGGGGUUCUAGAACGACAUCUAUGAUGUGUUUUUAAAGAGGAAAAGAUGCCCAGAGGGGUUCUAGAACGACAUCUAUGAUGUGUUUUUAAAGAGGAAAAGAUGCCCAGAGGGGUUCUAGAAUGACAUCUAUGAUGUGUUUUUAAAGAGGAAAAGAUGCCCAGGGGGGUUCUAGAACGACAUCUAUGAUGUGUUUUUAAAGAGGAAAAGAUGCCCAGGGGGGUUCUAGAACGACAUCUAUGAUGUGUUUUUAAAGAGGAAAAGAUGCCCAGAGGGGUUCUAGAAUGACAUCUAUGAUGUGUUUUUAAAGAGGAAAAGAUGCCCAGAGGGGUUCUAGAGUGACAUCUAUGAUGUGUUUUUAAAGAGGAAAAGAUGCCCAGGGGGGUUCUAGAACGACAUCUAUGAUGUGUUUUUAAAGAGGAAAAGAUGCCCAGAGGGGUUCUAGAAUGACAUCUAUGAUGUGUUUUUAAAGAGGAAAAGAUGCCCAGAGGGGUUCUAGAACGACAUCUAUGAUGUGUUUUUAAAGAGGAAAAGAUGCCCAGAGGGGUUCUAGAACGACAUCUAUGAUGUGUUUUUAAAGAGGAAAAGAUGCCCAGAGGGGUUCUAGAAUGACAUCUAUGAUGUGUUUUUAAAGAGGAAAAGAUGCCCAGAGGGGGUUCUAGAACGACAUCUAUGAUGUGUUUUUAAAGAGGAAAAGAUGCCCAGAGGGGUUCUAGAACGACAUCUAUGAUGUGUUUUUAAAGAGGAAAAGAUGCCCAGAGGGGUUCUAGAACGACAUCUAUGAUGUGUUUUUAAAGAGGAAAAGAUGCCCAGGGGGGUUCUAGAACGACAUCUAUGAUGUGUUUUUAAAGAGGAAAAGAUGCCCAGAGGGGUUCUAGAACGAUAUCUAUGAUGUGUUUUUAAAGAGGAAAAGAUGCCCAGGGGGGUUCUAGAACGACAUCUAUGAUGUGUUUUUAAAGAGGAAAAGAUGCCCAGAGGGGUUCUAGAGUGACAUCUAUGAUGUGUUUUUAAAGAGGAAAAGAUGCCCAGGGGGGUUCUAGAACGACAUCUAUGAUGUGUUUUUAAAGAGGAAAAGAUGCCCAGAGGGGUUCUAGAACGACAUCUAUGAUGUGUUUUUAAAGAGGAAAAGAUGCCCAGGGGGGUUCUAGAACGACAUCUAUGAUGUGUUUUUAAAGAGGAAAAGAUGCCCAGAGGGGUUCUAGAAUGACAUCUAUGAUGUGUUUUUAAAGAGGAAAAGAUGCCCAGGGGGGUUCUAGAACGACAUCUAUGAUGUGUUUUUAAAGAGGAAAAGAUGCCCAGGGGGGUUCUAGAACGACAUCUAUGAUGUGUUUUUUAAAGAGGAAAAGAUGCCCAGAGGGGUUCUAGAACGACAUCUUUUUAAAGAUACAUAUGAACAGUAUUUAAAAAUCAUUUGGUGUAGGUAUUUCUUCUUUGUUUUCCUUUUUAAGAAGCCUCCUUAGUUUGAAGCUGGGUGUUUGUUUUGUUUUUUUAAUUGAUUUUGGCCGUGAUUUGCAUUCCUGUGAAAUAUUCCCUGGCAGAUAAUUUUUGUUAAGAGCUGGAGUAUAGAUGAGAACAGUUGGGAGGGAGUUUUGAGACCAGUGUUGUGAAUCGCAUGGUGCAGACAGACACACAGUGUCGAUGUUGGUUAGAUGUUAACACGCAAGCCGUUCAAGCUACUGAAAUCUGAUGGUUUUUUUCCCCCCCAAGUGGGUUGGCAAGGGUGAAUGCUGGCACUAGUGUUAAAAAUAUCAUGUACCUAACAAUGGAACAGAUUGUGGAGUUGAAAUGAAUGUGAUCGCCAGAUUUAUGUUCCUUAAUUUGACAAACAACAGUAUCCUAAGAGUACUAAUUGAUGCGGUGCUUAUAAAAUGGGUGUGUUUAAAAAUAAAAUAAUAAUAAUAAUGUUUUGCAAGCUUGCUUUGCCGGGGGAAAUAAGGCACAGUCUGUACAUUUCAAGGCAGGUCAAUGUGUUCACCUGAAGGCAGGUCAAUGUGUUCACCUGAAGGCAGGUCAAUGUGUUCUCCUGAAGGCAGGUCAAUGUGUUCACCUGAAGGCAGGUCAAUGUGUUCACCUGAAGGCAGGUCAAUGUGUUCUCCUGAAGGCAGGUCAAUGUGUCACCUGAAGGCAGGUCAACCUGAAGGCAGGUCAAUGUGUUCUCCUGAAGGCAGGUCAAUGUGUUCACCUGAAGGUAGGUCAAUGUGUUCACCUGAAGGCAGGUCAAUGUGUUCUCCUGAAGGCAGGUCAAUGUGUUCACCUGAAGGCAGGUCAAUGUGUUCACCUGAAGGCAGGUCAAUGUGUUCACCUGAAGGCAGGUCAAUGUGUUCACCUGAAGGCAGGUCAACCUGAAGGCAGGUCAAUGUGUUCUCCUGAAGGCAGGUCAAUGUGUUCACCUGAAGGCAGGUCAAUGUGUUCACCUGAAGGCAGGUCAAUGUGUUCACCUGAAGGCAGGUCAAUGUGUUCUCCUGAAGGCAGGUCAAUGUGUUCUCCUGAAGGCAGGUCAAUGUGUUCACCUGAAGGCAGGUCAAUGUGUUCACCUGAAGGCAGGUCAAUGUGUUCACCUGAAGGCAGGUCAAUGUGUUCACCUGAAGGCAGGUCAACGUGUUCACCUGAAGGCAGGUCAAUGUGUUCACCUGAAGGCAGGUCAACCUGAAGGCAGGUCAAUGUGUUCUCCUGAAGGCAGGUCAACCUGAAGGCAGGUCAAUGUGUUCUCCUGAAGGCAGGUCAACCUGAAGGCAGGUCAAUGUGUUCACCUGAAGGCAGGUCAACGUGUUCUCCUGAAGGCAGGUCAAUGUGUUCACCUGAAGGCAGGUCAAUGUGUUCACCUGAAGGCAGGUCAAUGUGUUCACCUGAAGGCAGGUCAAUGUGUUCACCUGAAGGCAGGUCAAUGUGUUCUCCUGAAGGCAGGUCAAUGUGUUCACCUGAAGGCAGGUCAAUGUGUUCUCCUGAAGGCAGGUCAAUGUGUUCACCUGAAGGCAGGUCAAUGUGUUCACCUGAAGGCAGGUCAAUGUGUUCUCCUGAAGGCAGGUCAAUGUGUUCUCCUGAAGGCAGGUCAACCUGAAGGCAGGUCAAUGUGUUCACCUGAAGGCAGGUCAAUGUGUUCACCUGAAGGCAGGUCAAUGUGUUCUCCUGAAGGCAGGUCAAUGUGUUCACCUGAAGGCAGGUCAACGUGUUCUCCUGAAGGCAGGUCAACGUGUUCUCCUGAAGGCAGGUCAACGUGUUCUCCUGAAGGCAGGUCAAUGUGUUCUCCUGAAGGCAGGUCAAUGUGUUCUCCUGAGUUGAUUCUUUAUUUUGAAAUGAAUCUAGAAAACAACACCGCUGAACAUAUCCCAAUACAAUGCCAACUUAAA